CGUGCUACAUGCAGGUUGCUGUUAUCUGCAGAUGAAUAAGGAAAGCUCUAAGUCAGAAAUACAGGCAGUGGGAGUAAAGAAGGAUUGUGGGAGCUCUGAAUUAACUAUGUGCAAAUCAGGUGGAUGCUGAAAUCAUGGCUGUAGAAGCUAUUCAUUGCAAAAGGAACUCAAAUAAUAUCGAUCACCCUGUGUGCACGGACAACGUUAACCUGGCUAUCAAGAGUGAAAAUCCUGAUUCGCCCUCUGCUAAGGACACUUCCAAAGUUCCGGAUUCCAAAGGAACUCCCAAGAAACUGCAGAAAGAAUCCGAACCACCCAAGCCCAAUAUUGUCAAAGGGACCAAACCGGUAGCUUUUUGGACACAGCAUGAUGUCUGCAAGUGGUUGAGGAAGCAUUGUCCGAACCAAUAUCAACUCUACAAUGAGUCUUUUAAAGAACACGAUAUAACAGGUCGUGCGCUGCUGAGGCUUACAGACAAAAAGUUAGAAAGAAUGGGGAUAAUUCAGGAGAGCCAGCGGCAAUAUGUCUUACAGCAAGCACUUCAACUGAAAGUUCGAGAGGAAGUCAGGAAUCUUCAAUCACUUACACAGGAAUGAAGCCUGUUGAGAAUACAGUACUUUCUUGUACAUUCGAAAUUACAAUGUUCACUAUAAAGGAAACCAGAACACUCCUGAUACCCACUGACGUUUGGACACCAUGGAUUGUCUGCUAGCACUUCCUCUCCAAGACUGGAUCAGCUACCUCGGCUCUACCAGACUGAUCUGUGUCGUGUGCCACGAAAACCACUUCAGUUUACGCAGCUUUAUAUUGCUCUAGCACACCUUGUGUAUGUAAAGGGGAAAAAAAAUAAAAUUCAGUUGUCUUCCCUUUGUAAAAACGUAAUGUUAUUGCAUUGCUGCUUAGUGUAAAUAAAUAUAAAGUUUUAGAAAAACAGCAAAAAAAAUAAAAAAAAUAGAUGGUUUUGGAUAAGUCUCUGGACCAUAAGAGAAGUCAAGUACAAUGAGCAAACAAAGACGUGCAGCCAGAGACAUGGUCAAUUAAGGUAGACCUACCUUAUGUUCAAGUCACUUAUUUAAUUUUUUUUGUUCAAAAAAAUUUACUAAGUCUCUUGGUUAAAAAUAAUCAAUACAAACUGUAGAACUUAAAAUGGUCACGUAGUUGUUAAGUGUCCUGAUAGCAUGGCACAAUUCACACAAUUCACAAUUUUGUAAUGGUACCAUGUAUCACAGUAACUGAGCAUUCAGAGGUUGACUGGUUAUGUAACUUUACAUGCAUGACUUGUAAUUAUAAGGCACCGCAACCUUAUCGUGUGUUUGGAAUUACAUAUGAUAUAACUGGACCAGCUCUUACAUGGUGUCUUAAUGUCACAACAAGUUAUGGUGGACCAUCUACGAUAACAUCAGAGUUUACAAGUAUGAC